AUGGCUGAGUCAGUGAUACGAGCUCUAUAUGCCAAAUCAACUUCUUUAAAUUUGAGCUCUAAAAAAAUAAAAAACGUCCCUAAGUGUGUUUCCAGGUUAACAAACCUGUCAGUCCUCUUGUUGAAGAACAACUCCAUCACCGCCCUACCUGUCGAGCUGAUCUCUCUGCAACACCUGACUGAGUUGAAUUUGGGGAAUAAUGCCUUGAAGGAGGUUCCCGCAGUUUUGGGCCAUCUGGAGUCAUUGAGAAAACUGUAUCUGUUCAGCAACCAAAUUACAGUGGUGCCACAUGAGGUGAUGGGUUUGCCAAAUCUUGAGGUGCUCAAUCUGAACCACAACCAGAUUCAAAGACUCCCAGCAGAAAUUAGAAGCUUGAGUAAACUUCAACACCUCAGUAUGCUGGACAAUAAACUAGAGGAGGUGCCUGUUGAGGUCUGUCAUCUCAUUAAGUUGUCUGAGAUAAACUUGACUUCCAACAAGUUGUCUCGGCUACCUCAAGAGUUGUACCACUGUAAAGAGCUGACCAAGUUAUAUGUAGCCAGAAACAAGCUGAUCAACCUACCAGAGGGAAUCAGGGCACUGGCAAAACUUCAAGUUCUGGAUGUGGCUGGGAAUAAGCUGUCCAUGUUCCCUAUUGAGUUUCACCUGCUGCCACUGAAGGAGCUCUACUUUGAAGGCAACAGGUUUGUGCGAUGUGUGCCAAUGCCGUCAGUGCAGGAUGUGCAGGUGCUUACGUUAAAGGAGCUGGUUGCCAGAUUUGUGUUGAAGGAGGACAGAAGCAAGUCCUCUCUGGUCCACGGGAUGCUUCCCUACUACCCAUGCCUGACAGCCCUGUUGGCUAACGGUGGCUGUUGUGCACUCUGUUUGGGGCCCUACCUCACCACCUGGCUGGAGUGUGUGCACUUCGUCAGUCUGAAGAAGGUUGGUGACAUGAAAAUGAGGAAUUCGUUCACCAUCCCAGUGCGCGCCCUUCUCUGCUCAUAUAAGUGCUUUAAUACGGAUGGGCACUCGUACUAUGGUGUUGCUUCAAGAAAAAUACAAGAUAACUAA